AAACUAGGAAUUAUUUGAUAACACUCUCCUCGAUCUCCAUAAUUCUUCAUAAGAUACUCAGCCUCAUUCAUUAAUUGUUAAUUAUUCGAUAAAGGUAUUUUCAUUUUGGUAUUAACUAAUACCCAAAAAUCUCGUUUUAUACUGGUGCCCUGCGGCUCACGUAUUGUCAAGUUUCUUGUACAUGAUUGGUUUGUUCGUUAUACACAAACACAAAGGGAAAGGAAUGUGGUUCGGUUAUCACUAGCCGUUUGUGGGGAGGAGCGUUGCGUGACGCCACUAAAAACGGCUGUGUAGCAGACCAGAUCUCCAGCUGACAUAGCCCCUUUAAAGAAAUGUAAAUCUAAACUGAAAACCCAUAGCGCGUAUUUACAGUCUUUCGUUGACUAUCACGUUGCGCUCUUUUGUCUUUAUUAUCUUCUGAUUUUAUUACUUAUUAACUUUUGCUGGGACAAGAAUCUCGAUUUGUAGCAAUUUUUACAUAGCUUUUAAACAUUUCACAGUCUAUAUUUUAGGCGCUUAGUAUGUAAUAAAUAAUCAUUAGUGUCGUUAUAAGUAGUACACCUUUUGCUGUUCAUUACGAGAAAAUACGCAUUCAUUUGCGUGAAACGGCGACCAACAGCGCGAAGAUACAUUUAUGAGCGCGAAAAAGCGAACAUUUGCGCAUAAAUCAGAUUCAAUAACGAUUUUUGCAUUUUAAUCAACAUUCAAUAACACUUUUGGGCAUUCAUAUGCGUCAUUGGGCAUACAAAAGAGAAAACUAUACUUUCAUUAACGCCAACAUUCGAGUCAUUAACAUUAUCUUGAAAAUCAUCAGGGACUAUAGACAAACGUUUAAGUGCAAAUGCUAUUCAUUAACAUUUUUAUGACACUGUUUGCAGUUCAAUAGCAUUCCUGGACAGCUUUAGAAUGGAUAAGACAAACAUUAAUGCGCUUGUACAAUCAAUUGAGCAUUCUUUACAUUUAAUAUACAAAAAUAUAUUUUCAAUUAAACAAUACCAAUUCCACCCAAAUUUGACCUGAAUUUGUUUAAAGAAUUACGCCGUACUUCGCCACUGUGUGUUCGUCGACGGCUGCGGCUAUACAUUUACCCUAGACGGCCAGAAGUCAUGGUGGGGCGCGACAGGGAGUGAAGGGCGUACCGCCAAGUGUGCGGCCAACAAGGACGAAACUUGACUACGACCAUGGCAAUACAUGUAUUGUACUUAUCAAAUGUUUUUCUUGGCAGCUGCUGGAGUAAAGAAUACUGUGUCGGUUUUUCGGUGACCUUCUGGCACAGGCGAGGAAAAAAUGGAUCCCGAUAAGUCGGUGGUCUUUGCGUAUGACGGGGUGGCAGCCCACAUAGAUUUGACCAUUCCCGCCCGAUACGUACACAGCUUAUGUUUCCCCCCUCGACAUCGUUGAAAAGGAUUUAAGUUGUCUGAAAGCGACAUCAAAGGCCGACAUCUCGAGUUCAGAAAUUUAAAGAUGUAUGACAGGAAUGAGGGCAAAGCCCUAGCAAUCCCACUACAGUGUAGUGGGUUCGGAAAUAACAAUUGCAGUGCUUGAAGCUCUGCGCAGAAACAUGACAUUGUGACCGCAGCUAAAUGUGUAAAGGGGUACCAUUUCAUGCAAACCUACCUCCCCAAAUGUUUAAAUAGCGAGUUUUUUGAGGGAUAUACAUUUAACGGACUGAAAUUCGGGCCAAAGUUUUUUGAAUUUCUAUUGUUUAAUGGAAAACCGAUUUUUGUAUAUUAAAUGUAAAGAACACUCAAUUGAUUGUACAAGCCCAUUAAUGUUUGUCUUAUCCAUCCUAAGGUUGUCCAGGAAUGCUGUUGAAUUGCAAACAGUGUCAUACAAAUGUUAAUGUUAGUGUUAGUGUUUGCACUUUAAUGUAUGUCAGUUGUCCCUAUUGACUUUCAAGAUAAUGUUAAUGACUCGAAUGUUGGCGUUAAUGAAAGUAUAGUUUUCUCUUUUGUAUGCCCAAUGACGCAUAUGAAUGCCCAAAAGUGCUAUUGAGUGUUGAUUAAAAUGCAAAAAUCGUAAUUGACUCUGACUUAUGCGCAAAUGUUCGUAUUUUCGCGCUAAUGAAUGUAUCUUCGCACUAUUGGUCGCCGUUUCACGCAAAUGAUUGCGUAUUUUCUCGUAAUGAACAGCAAAAGGUGUAGUGGCUUGGGAAAAAACCUCUGAGAGGUCAAGUAUUACCUCGGCUUGUAACACCCCAAGGGACCGGGCCAACAUUCAAUGAGGUCGUUGAAUUUAUAUUGUCUACAGAUAAACUGCCGGUGUUAGAAAGAUUCACAGGAAAAUUAUUGGCCCUAUUACGGUCGAGCUGUCCAAGCUUAUUUUACCAGCUUUAGCGAAUAGUACCAUGCUAGAGCUGGCUUCAUCACAAAGCUAACUGCUAUUGCCGUGCGUGAUAAUGAUAAUACGAGUGUCUUCUCGAUCCUUUGCAAAUAUCCUGUUCAGCAAAUUUUAGGGUACAUUCUAAAGGACACUGAACCUGUGUGAGGCUGUUAUCGUAUUAAAUACAGUCAACGUACGGUAGAAAUGACAUAUCAUGGACGAAGUCAGUUUUUAUAAGUUGGAGACCUUGGCGUUGAUCGUGCUUUGAUGUUUUGAAUUUGGAUGAAAUUUACACAGUUUGGUCUGACAGAGCUAACCACUUGUAGAAAAUGAACUUUCAGUUUUAUUGGAUUACUGAAAAAAGGAUUUAGCAGAAGCUCAAUUUUAGUACAAUGGAGCUUGAGAGAUUUAUAUAAUUCUUAAUCUGGAAUAGGUCUAAAGUUAAGUUUAACUAGUACUUAAGUAUCAGUUGAGGGUUCACUUAAGAUACAUUUAUCUGUAUUGUCUUUUGCAAUUUGAGAUACGUGUUAAUUGAUCAAUUUGUAGACUGGGCAACUUACAUGAAAGUGUGGGUAACCUUUAGCACUGUACCAUAGCGUGUGUGUGUAUUUUCGAAAAUUCUAAGGUACUUUUCUGACUGAAAACUUCUUUUUCAGGAAAGGACUUUAGAAACUGAGAAAGAUACCAGGAAAGAACUUGAAGAAUUGCGGAGGAGUUUUGAUGCCCUGGGUGUCAUAGAGGAUGCAAUAUUUGAUUAACUUUCAAUUCUAAUAGUACAAGAAAGACAGCGAAAAACAAGCGUGUCUAGAUUGUAAGAUAUACCUAAAUGUGACUGUGGAUUGUCCAGCAUUUUUGACUUUUCGCCGUGACACACGAUAUGAAAACACGCUAUUACUUAUUGUCGACUUAAAAACGAAGGGUCAGCUAGUAGGCUGUAUUAUUUUAGUGGAUGGUCCCCUGACAAUCUGCCGUUAGCUCUUAUUGUUAGCGUCGUUAAUCAAGCUCGUUGGCGAAGGGCUCUGUCCCGGGGGAGGGGGUACUCCCUUAUAUAAGCAAGAGGGUGUUCCAAAAGGUCGUUCCUCUAAUUUCAUUAGCCAAAACUUUUGAUCAAAACUUUAUGUUUACAUGAAAUUUCUAAAAAUGUUUAUUGCUUUAUCGGGUACAUGUGUUCAGACGUUCAGUGACCGGCAUGCUUUUUUUGCUUUUUUAUCACACUCUGUGGCGGUUGCGACAUUGAGUGGAAUAAGUCAUAUAGCGCGUAGAGAGCUAGCGCGUAGCGCACAUGAUUCAUUUUAAGCCUUUUUAUCACCUAGUAUGCAGGAGCCACUUCAACCCCCAAACAAUAUUAUUUUUUAGAUUAGGCAGCUGAAAAAAAAGAUAUUUUAGGCAUGAAUCCUAGAUAAGAUAAUCAUCCCGGCCUCUUUCCACUGUAAGGCUUUUGUACUUCUUUGAAAAAUUUGAGACAAGCUGAACGUUUCUUGGUGUACUGAGUAGAGGUUGUUUUUGCCAUCUCAAAGGUCUCCAAACUUUGCUUUUCAUGAACCUGCUCAUGACCUAGCUUGCCAACUGUUGUAAGAGCUCCCUCGCCGGGUUUCCUCUUUUGUACCUAACCUUCUUUUAAACUAUUUAAGCGGUUUUAUUCAGGACUUUUGGGCUUCUCGUUUUUUGUCUUUAAAACCCUCAUUUCUCGAUGACCAUCUUACCACCCAACAUUCGCAUUUUUCGAUUUUUUUAUUAAUUUCUUUAACUGAUAAGGCAGUAAAUCGAAGUAUACAUGCUCUCACGUAGCUGAGUGGUGUUGCGUUGAGAGGGUAUAUCUUUCGUGAUAUUCACAAAAAAGCAAGGGAGGAGUUCGAGCAAUUCGGGAUGCAAAAUACAAAAAAAUAUAUGGCGGAAAAAAUUUACUCUCGCACGCGUACCUUUGGCCCGAAAGUGCGCAAAUCGAAUAUUCUAGUCAAAAAAUGGCACAAGUAUGAAAUAUUAAACUAGACUGAAAGACACAACUUUUGUUUAAACUAUUUUCUUAUCAAGUCCAGUCGUACUGCAUAACAGACUUAUGAAUUAGGGGAACGAACUUUUGGGACACCCUGUAUAUAGGUAUGUGCCGCCCCAUCGGCUAGGGUUUUUGCGCCGUUUUGGUCUGAAAACGGGUAUACACUUUGCCCAGUUUGGUCUGGAAUCGGGUAUGGUUUUUGAGGGAACUACGGGAGUGUAUGAACGUAUUUAUCGUUUCAAUUCCAAAUGAGUAAGAAAGAAAGAGAAAUAUACGAAUUCGAAAUGAAUUUGAAGAAUUUUGUUUUUUUUUUUUGCGCUCUAACCUACGUAAUGAUAACAUAAUUUCUUCUUAAAAGCCAGGUCUGAAAACGCCCCAUGGAUUUAAGAGGUCUGG